CUGAUAUUCAAUAUUUCAGGACGAGUUUUUGGCGCUUUGUUUUCAAAGUUGGGAGUACCAAUACCAACUCAAAUAGGACCUAAAGUGCUAUCUCAAGCGCGCAGUUUAUGUGAGGGUACACCUACUGAUGCGAAGUAUUCUGUUUUGGAGGAAGGUAUACCAUAUGAUGGUUCAGUUGGUAAGCAGGAAGCAAAUUUUUUUAAAAUAAGAAUGCGAUCUGAAUGGGAGGAAAAUGGUUUAAUGAUUAUUUGUCGAUCAUUUCAAAUGAGUAAAUUCAAAUUGGUUUUCUUCGAUAAAGAAGGUGGUGUUAGGAUCAUUCAGGAAAGCAAUAAACGGAAAAGUUGCACAAUGGCUGAGAUUUUUUUUGUACCCUUCAAUCGAGCUAAUUUAAGUGAUUUCGUCCCGGUUAAAUUUUAUAUGGAAGAUAAGGAAACACCACUAACGUUCCAUUUACUUGAUACUUUGGAAACAGUCGGAGCUCACACACUCGAACAACGUGAUCAUUUCUUGUGUGUAUACGGUGAUAAUUGGAUUAAAGAUUUCAUAAGCAGUAUUUGUUUUGCCCUGUACUACAAAUCAGUGCAUGGCGCAAUGUUGGAAACAGUAGAUGACUUAACAACAACAGAAAAAGAAUUGAUGAAAAAGAAAGAAGAAAUGUCUAAAUUCCAAGUCGAAUAUACCGAAGCAAUUAAGAAAUAUAAAGAAGUGGUACAAAAACUGAAAUCGGAAACGAAAGAGAUUAAUGCACUUUUAAAGAAACGAGAAGAUAUAUAUGAAGCAUUGGAAAAGGAAAGUAUGACACCGUUUAUGGCAUCAAAGCUUGAUUUACAGGCUCACUCGGCUAAAGGAUUAUUUUCUUCUUGGUUUUAAUU